UUCCACAGAUUCCGCAUAGCUCGAGUUGUUUGCGGCCAUGUCUUCUAUGUUUGGCCAAAAGAACAAGCCAAGAGACCCACUGAUUUUUGACCCGCGUUGCUCCGUAAACUCCACUAAAUGUAUGACCUUUUGGCUAAAAAGACAAGCCAAGACACCCAUUGCCCCUUCCUUGUCUCAAAGAUUUUUCUCCAGAUUUUUGACCCAAGUUGCUUCGUGCUUUUUUAUGGAAUUGGCCCAAUCAGAAACAUUGCCAGCUUCCCGGUGGCAGUGGGCUUUGAAUUUUUUGCUUCGGACCGGCCCAUCCAUUUACUCUCAGGCCCACAGGCGUAAGCCGGCUCCUGAAUUUGCCCGCGCGUCGUUUUGAGCUCCGGCGGGGUCGGGUUGUCUUCCUCCCUGUUCUGUGUAGGGUUUUGCAUCUUUCGCUCUUUCUCAAAGGACUGCACAAAAUCUGUCUUCGUCCCUCCCUCUCUCUCUCUCUCUCUCUCUCUCUCUCCAUAGGAGCUGCCCGGGCCCCCGAGCUUUCCGCUCGCUCGGUGAACAAUGGACGGUGGAGCUUCCGGCGCUGGCGAAGGGUACGUGCCCCCGCCGGAAUACGUGGAGGAUGCGAAAGAAGCUCUGGUCGAUCUCGACGCUUCCGACUCCACCGAACUUUGGCUCAUUCAGUGGCCUCGUGACAUGCCUCCUGAUUUGGGUGGCCAAGAACUCAAGCUCAAACUUCAUCGUGACGGGAAAUUGGGGAGUUUUGAGGAUUCAUCUGGCAAGGAAUAUGAUCUGGUUAGUUUUGCUGCUCAGGAGCCCGAUGCAACAGUUUUCACGUCCUCUUCCUCAGGUUCAAGAAUCGUUGGGAAGAUUUCAAGGAGAGUCUCCCUGGUCCACUACCCAGAUCCUAACGAGCUCGAGAAACUUGCUUCCAAAGUCACAUCCGGUAGAUUUAGACCCGGAACGUCGCUUACAAAUGCCUCCCAUCAAUUUUCCUCUGUGACACCAAACAGUAGACUGAGAAGUUCACGCUCAUCCAGAGGAAACACAUCCUACACUCGUAGCAGUCGGCAGAAAAGCGGCAUAACUGAUGCUGGAGAGACAUCAAAACCUUACAAUAGGAGAUAUCCUCAGGAAUCCACUGACUCCCUGGGAUUGAUGAAUAGUACUCAAGACUCUGGGCGGAAUCAUAGCAGUGCAACAACUGCAGAGUUCUCAGAGCAUUCCCGAGAUCACGGUUCAGCUGCUUCAUCUCAGUCAAUAGAGCAUUCUGAUCGGAAAUCGAAGAAGAAGAAGAAAGAGAGAAUUGAAGAAUAAAACUGCUUGGUCUUUACUCCGUAGGAUUCUUGUGAAUUGUUUGUGCUUUCUCACCGAGCAUGACUUCUGAAUGCCAUGGGGGUUAUGUUCAGUACUAUGUGUUUAGAUCUUUUCAUAAUGGAGUCUUCCUUGAGCCAGGGUCUUGGGAAGGCAAUCAUGGAGAUUCUAGGUUCUCCAACCCAUGUCUUUGCUGGUGGCCCACUGUCGAUUUCUUCAACUCUUGAAUCCUGGCUAGUCAUUUUUAUGGGUGAAGUCUCUCGCCUGGUCUGUGAUCCGAUGCCGAGGCCUUACACGAGAUGCAGUAGUUUCUUGACUUUCAAGAUUUGCUGUUUUCUACUCUCUUUAGAAGAGCCCCGCUGCUUGCUGUUAAGAAGUGAAGGUACUCAAAUAGCAAGUGGCGUCGAAGAAGAGAAAUACAGAAUAAUAGUUAGUGGCAUUCUCAUGAUCAACAGCUCCUCCUUCCACUAAUAUGAGAUCAAGAUCGGGUGCAAAUGACCCGUACAAAUGCGGUCUAACACGGGCAUGGGGUUUGUAAUUGCAGAUUCUGGUCUAUAUGAAGAGACUUCACCUCCCGGUUGGGCUUA